AUGCACGGUCCCGCUUCUCCCCGGGCAGCCUUACGUGCCCUCCUGUGCGGCGGAGGACUGCGUCCGGGUUUCUCUUUCAGUCAGGCCGGAAGGCCAGCGCUAGAAGCCCUGAUCCGUCCCGUCGGGAGCCGCACGACCCCCCGCGGUCGGGUCACCCGGCAUAAGUCGGAGUGUUCCUGUCCCAGCUGCCCAAAGUGCUCGACCGCAGCCGUGCUGGGCCAGCGCUCGACUGUCCCUGCUUCUGCUGCAUGCCAGUGCUUCACUGCCCCACCGGCGGCAUCCACAUGUUCCAUUAUGCUGCUGGAAUCACAGAGUCAGCUAGUUUGGAAAAGACCUUUGAGAUCAUCGUGUCCAACCUUUGUCCAGCCUAUGAAAUGGCAAGUCCAUCUUGCCGGUAGGCCAGGAUGGCCAUUGGCCUUCUUUUCCACAUGGGCACAUUGCUGGAAGUACAAGGUUUGUCUACCAACGCCGACAUGUUCAUACAGACCCUCGCUGUGUCUUGACAUCACAUCCCAGAAAGGUGGAAUUUUUCUAGGUACUGUUGCUACAGCAGGAAUGAUAGCAGGUUUUGGCACUACACUUGCAAUGACAAAAAAGAAGAACCCAGACUGGUUCAGUAAGGGGAUUACUCCCACAGCUGCAUUGCCAGAGAGUGGUUCAUCCCUGGCCUUACGAGCCCUAGGGUGGGGCUCACUCUAUGCAUGGUGCGGAGUUGGAUUGCUGAGUUUUGCCAUCUGGAAGGCUCUGGGCGUGCACAGCAUGAAAGAAUUCAGAAGUAAGAUGCAGUCAAUCUUUCCAGCAAUUCCUAAAAAUAGUGAAUCCAGUGUUGAAUGGGAAAACUUACUUAAAUCCAAGUGAAAGACUCAGAGCCAUUUGAAGGUGUCUCUUCCAGCGAGAACAAGAGUGGAAGUAGCAGAAGUGUCCCCUCUGGAAAACAAAGAAGACUCAGACUGAGCAAGUUACUGACUGAGUGCACGGAACCUGGGAAUGCCAGUAAACAUCCAGGAGCAAGGGAGUUCAAGCCAAACCAAACCAUUUAGUACUAUACUUUUUAGCAUGUUUGGUAUAGUUGAUGAUGUUUGCAUGAGAAAAUGAACCCUGCAAGAUAACUUGGAUUCAACUGGAAAAAAGACUUUUUCAAAGACUUAGAGAAAACACUAAGUUUCUUCUUGAUUAGUUGAUUGAUGUUAUUGAUUAGUAAAUAUACGAAUAUAAUCCAAAUAAACUCCUGUCCCAUCCUGCAUUUCAGGAAGAAUUUUAUGAAAUUUCUCUAGGAAAUGAAAACAGUACUUCCAGUGACUUGUCCUGUUAGGAAUAUAACCAUCAAGUCAAUCAUAACAGAUCUCUUGCUGAGCCUGAGGGUAAAGCAUAUAGUGCACUCUUCAAAAAGAAAGGACAUAUUUGAAUUUGCAACAGAGAAAAUAUCUAAAUCAUUUUUAUAUGUCUGAAGGGUAAGUUUAAAACCCAGUAUGCAAGUAGUGACCUACAAGCUCCUCUGCAGAGCAUUAGAAGAGAUCUCUUACAAAGGUCACUGUUUUCUCAGUAUUAACUUUUUAAAAUUGGAUCCCACAAUAAUGAAUUUGAUUUUGUGUAUAAAAGUCUCUACUAUAUUUGUAUGUCAAUUGAAAUAGUAAGUGAAGAAGUUAUAAAAUAGUAAGACACCCAGUCAGUCUUACACAAAUGUUUUCAGCUGAGAAAGUGUAUGGGCAGGACUAAUUUUGUGUGUUCCAGUCAUUUCUGUGGCUCUUCUACCAGGGGAAGCAAUGUGACAUUUUCCACACUGCAGCAAUCUCAUGAAGUGUGGGUGUAAACCAGAAAGAGUAAUGUCUUACUCAAAUGUAUUUGCAGAACUGAAGAUAUGUAAAACUGGAGAAAUAAAAAAAAGUGCCAUCAGUGAACUGUCCUCUGUUGCUUGAUUAUAAGAUUUUCUUUUCAAUUGCACAAAGUCCAGUUAGUCAGUUGUCAGAUUUAAGAAAGUUCUUGUAAAACUUGU